ACAUUGCGUUGUUACCGAGUUCACCGACAUGAGAUUUCUUCUUCGGGCAAAUUAACUCAACUACGGUGAAAUUAACUGAAAGUGGAGAAAGCUUAAAGAUAGAAGAAGAGAAAGACAGAGGAAAGGGACUUAAACCACAGUUCUAAUUUGGAAACCUUACUCAAAGAUUUAUAUGGUCUGAAAACUGCAUGCUACACAGCGUCCACUGAUUUUACCCUACCUGUUAGUGGUGACCAUAACGGACUGACCUGAUUGAGGAGAAGCUUUAUACUGGACAAAACAGUCCACGGGGGACAGAAAAACCACAUAUAGUAUACAGCGCCGACAUUGACGCACCAAGACAGUUGCCACCAUGUUGAAUAUAGCUGGCCUCAUCUCCAUUAUCGUCUUCUAUGUUCUCAUCCUGGCGGUGGGGAUAUGGGCGGGCAGGAAGACCAAGUCUACUGAAGCUAAUGCUGACAGUGAAGAGGUUAUGUUGGCAGGGCGGAAUAUAGGCUUGGUGGUGGGGAUCUUCACAAUGACAGCCACAUGGGUUGGGGGAGGCUACAUCAAUGGUACAGCAGAGAUCAUUUUCUCCUCUGGUAUGGUCUGGUGUCAGGCUCCGUUUGGCUAUGCCCUUAGCCUUGUUUUUGGUGGCCUCUUUUUUGCCAAUAAAAUGAGGACAGAAGGUUAUGUCACCAUGCUGGAUCCAUUCCAAAGGAAAUAUGGAGAGAGAAUGGGUGGACUUCUGUUUAUACCAGCCUUGCUUGGGGAAGUCUUCUGGUCGGCAGCCAUUUUGUCUGCUUUGGGAGCCACUCUCUCUGUCAUCAUAGAGCUGGACAACACGACAGCUGUCAUAGUGUCAGCCUGUGUAGCAGUGGUGUACACAUUGUUUGGAGGGCUGUACUCAGUGGCAUAUACAGACGUCAUACAGUUGAUGUGCAUAGUGAUUGGUUUGUGGCUGUCCAUACCAUUUGCUAUGACCCACCCGUCAGUGGGCAAUAUAGUGGAGACUGCCCCUAAAUGGAUUGGAACACUUCCUGCCUCUCAGAGUGGCACCUACAUAGAUUCUGCUCUGCUUCUCACAUUUGGUGGCAUCCCAUGGCAGGUAUAUUUUCAAAGAGUUCUCUCGGCAAAGACAGCGUUCCGUGCCCAGAUCCUGUCAUAUGUGGCCGCAGCUGGUGUGGUGGUCCUGGCUAUCCCAGCAGUCCUAGUGGGAGCCAUCGCCUCAUCUACUGACUGGAAUUCAACAGAGUACGAUGGUGAGCUCCCUAUUCCUGCAGAAGAACAGAAGCUGGUGCUGCCCCUGGUGUUGCAGUACCUUUGCCCCACUGCUGUAUCUUUUAUUGGACUGGGCUCCAUCUCUGCUGCUGUCAUGUCGUCUGCAGACUCCUCUGUUCUUUCUGCAAGCUCCAUGUUUGCUAGGAAUGUGUACAAGAUGACAUGCAGGCAAAAUGCAUCUGAGCGUGAAAUCAUUUGGGUCAUGCGUUUUGCCAUCUUUGGAGUUGGCGCCUUGGCUACAAUAAUGGGGAUCACAAUCUCUACAAUCUAUGGCUUAUGGUUCUUAUGCUCCGAUCUCGUCUACGUCAUUCUGUUCCCCCAACUCGUCUGCGUGAUCUACUUGAAAGCUGCCAACACUUACGGAUCUUUAGCAGGGUUUAUAUUUGGUCUGUUCUUCCGUCUUGCUGGGGGUGAGAUGUUGAUUGGCUUACAUCCAUUGAUCAAGUAUCCAUUUUACGACGAGAAAAAUAAUGCACAGUUAUUCCCAUACAAGACUCUCUCCAUGCUGAUAACAUUAUUUACUAUAUGGGCUGUGUCUUUGCCAUUUAAGUAUGUCUUUGAAAAUGGGAUGCUGCCCAAGCAUUAUGAUGUUUUUCAAUGUAUAGUCAAUAUCCCAGAGGAGAAAACAGGGCUGAGAGCUGCCACCCCCUCAGAAGCAGAGAUGACGAGCAUUACUUUAGACCAAAAAACUUACGAAACCAACGGGAAGGUCAACCCUGCACUUAAGUUCUCAAAGAGCGACCUACUUAAUGCGGAAAACUUGUCCCAGCCUCCUACCCCCAACUCUAAUAAUCACCGAACCAGUAAAUCUUUCGACAAAGACGAGGGGGAGUCAUCAGAUGAAUCAACUGGGCUUUAAUGCUGUCUUUCCCUGUUAGGUUCUGUAGUUUUAAUAAUCACUUUACAACUUCCUGUUACUUUAUGUCCUGUACAUAGACAAAUAGAGCAAAAUUAAGGUACCAACCAGUAUAAGUAUGAAGAAACCUAAGAGCAAAAUAAUAUAGUUUAUAUGUGUACUACUACAAUCUGGUUAGAUAAAUCUGAUGAUGUUAGUACAACAAUUAUGUAAUAGUAGUCUUGUCUUAUCUGAAGAAGUGGUUUGCAUUUACUGAAGCCCUGUAAUUAUAUGUCCUGUAAAUAAAACAUUUACUAUAUACAAAUGGAUGGAGAAGCACAGCCAGGAAAUGGCAAAAUUAUUCUAUAAGCUGGUAUCCAGUGAGAUGUGAAUGUGGAAGAUUUGGGUUCUGUUUCAUCUUAAGGAAAUAUAUUGUGUUUAACACAAGGUAAAAUGUGGUAUGCGUAACCUCAAAAAGGGGAACAGUAAAUCACUAAAUGUUACCUAUAAUAAUCAGCAUUUAAAAAAAUAAUUAAAAUAAAAUGUCUCAUGUUUUAUGAGUGUGGUAAUGACUUGAUCUUGUAAAUGGCAAAAUUUAUCAAUCCUUACAUACAUACAUAAUUUUGAAAUCAUAAAAUAGUAUUUCUAUUUAGAAUUGGUGGUUCUUUUACUGCAUAGAUUAUAACAACAGGGUAGCCUGCUUUUCAGUUUUGUUGCUUACAUCCAAUUAGAAUUAGUUUAAGAAUUUAUUAUUUAAAAAAUACAGUAUCUGUAUACUUCAGUUUUCCCUUGAAAAGGUCAAACCAUAACCACAUAUAAAUUAAUUCAUAGUUAUAUGUACAGAGUCAAAAAUUUUGUCAGGCAAUAUCAUGAAAAAGUAAAAAGUAAAUUUUUCUUUAAGAAUAGAGGAAAGUUUUUAAUCUUUGUAAGAAUAAAGUUUGUGAUUUCCCCCCACCUCAUAUAUACUAUUAACAUGCACAUUUGACCAAGAUGCAAUGAUAUUUUACAAAAAAAAAUUUCUUUUAAUAAGUACAUUUUUAAAAAUCUGAGGUUUCCCAAAACACGUUUGAAGUAAACACACCCAGGUAAUACCUCUAUAUAAUCAUUUAUAUUUGACAGGAUUAUUGAUAUAAUUAUAGUUUUACAUGUACAAUAAAACAAUAAUUUAUAAUAUCAGUUUUGUGAAACUUGCAUAAAUAGAUUAAUUUGUACAAGCACCUUAGCUGUUUGAAAGGGAAAUAUUUGGUUGAGAAAGGAGAUUUCCAUUAAAGAUUAUGUACAAUAUGGACAUUUGUCUUGGAUCAAUAACAGUGUUUGAACUACCAGUAUAAUACUUUGUAUAGUUUCGCCAAAAAGAUAUCUAAUUUAAAAAACAAAAAGCAGAAAAAAAAUGAAAAAAAUUGUAAUCUUAAUUUUGAGAGGGGUGUAACAUCUAUAAUCUUACGCAGUUAAUUUAUCCAAGAUCAGCCUGGGUAAAUGCCACAUUUAAUUUUGCUUAUGUGUGGUUAUUAGUAAAAAACAGUAAUUGGGUUCAUUUAGAUGAUAGCAAUGUUUUAACCCUUCUAGUCUGUAAAAUAGUAAAACAAUACAGAAGUGAAGUGUACUCAGAGCACUUGUCAAGCCUAUCUAGUUGGAAAAAAUGCAGAAUCUACCUAUUAGAAAUGUGAUAAAAUGUUGUGUUUUCCAAAUUGUUCUAUAUAGUUUCAAAAUAAGAGCUGAGGGCUGUAAAUAUCUUGGUGCUGUAAAAAAUGAACAGUGAAAAAUAUUUGUUGGUGCUCAGCUAGAAAUAUGUAUAAUGACAUAUAAGAAAAAAGCAAUAGAAAUUACUAUUAUAAUUGUAAAAGUUUUAAAAUGGGAAAUGAGCUGCAUGUGAUUAUUAUUAUUAUUAUUAUAUAAACCAAUAACUAUAUGCCGGCCACUGUGCAAUACAUACAUAUUUGAUUUUAAAUUACUUGUGGUGCACAGUACUGAAAGAAUAUACCUUUCUUUAAUCUUGUUUUAAACAAUGCUACAGAUGUUGUCAUCCAUGCACAAGUACAGAUAGUUAUCAGUUGGUUUUGAAACAACUUGAUUGUCACUUACCUACAAAUCAUAAAUGGACUGGAGUUUUAGUACAUUCCAAUUUUUAGAGGAUGCAAAUUUCAUGGUUUAAAGUUUACAGCAAAGUGUCCGUUUUAUGGAAUGAUAUUUGAAAAUGUGGCUGAGAAGUGAAAGUGCUAAUUGCCUUCCUAUAAAAGGCAGACAUCAGAAGUGAUUGUAUGUUUGUAUGAAAAGAUGUACUCAAAGUAAAAAAAAUUAAACUCUGUCUGUAGUUCAUUGCAUGGCAAAGUUCUGCAUUUAAAUUUUUUUUUUUGAAUCUCUAGUGAAGUUUAUCCUUUUUUCUUGGUUUACCUAUUUAAAUUUUGGUUAAUAAGUAGCCAUCAGUCAAAAAUAGUCGCUCAUUUUAUGAAAAUAUAUUUAUAUUGUUGAGAGCACCACAUGUUGUAAAUCUUUCCAAAUAGCAAAAGUCUAUGUAAACAUUCCUGUUGUUGUAUUAAUAAUUGUAUUAGUUAAGGAGUAUUUCAAGAACCCAGGUCAACCGCCUCAAUGCCAAUGUGUACAUAUUGUUAGAAGUAAUUGCAAAAUGCAGUGCUCACUUGUUAGUUAAACUACGUAAGCACACACAUGCACAUGCUCG